CGUCCGUCCGCGGCCGGGAAACGCAACCGGUCGCCGGGCAGCUCCGAGACACGCACAGCACGUGUGUUUUGCCGCCGCCGCGGAAGGCCAGUUCGACCCGGAAUGCCAGCAGGGGCGGCCGUGUCGCAAGCGGCUUGCCGCCACCGCUAGUAUCUACCAGCUCUUCGGGUGCAGGCGCAGUUUGUGAUCGUGAGGAGAGCGUUUGGCAUCGUGUCGUCUUGUGGUUCUGUCUCUGCUGCGACCCGACCCGACGAAAGACUCUCGAGAGUCGCUUCCGCCGAGUCUCUCAUCCUGAAUUAUCUGUGUGUGGCAGUAGCGGCUUCCUCCUGGACCAGUCUUGCUCCUGGACCAGUCUUUCUCCUGCGCCGUUCCUGCUCCUGGGCCAGUCUUGCUUCUGGGCCAGUUGGGCGCCUGGGUUGGUUUUACAAUAAUCGCCCUUAUGCGAAGCAUCACCACUCGGGAAAGUGCUCCUUUUUAAGCAGUGAAAGAAGUCCUCGUGUUCUGCUGGAGAGUCGCCCUUUUGUGUGGUCUGGCUGUUGUCUCAAUCUCGCGUUGUACGGAGAUUUCCGGUUGUCAGCGAGCACUUCUUCGGGUUAUACUCUAAGCGCCGGAGUAGUCGCUCACGCUUGGAUUACACCCAACAGAGCUCCCCGGCCACUUGUCAGUGAUGUCCCCCAUCGGAACGUCCGAUUUUCUUAUGGGAAACGCCCCUUGUGAAACGUAGCCGUGCUUCGGCAUCGGCUGUCGUCUGUGACGACCACCCGGUGGGCACUACUUAGCGUCUCGUACGGGUUGACUGAGAGAAAGUAGUUUGUUUUUGCUUUCUCUUUGGAGGUCGUUCGAAGUGUUGUCAUCAACAAGUGCUUCUUUGUUUGCACCUCCUGUUUGGAUUACCUUCGCUUCAACGAGCCGUCUCUAACGCGACGGCCAGACACCGCCGGAUUUCAUCCCGUGGUUACGCCAACAGCUUGACGCUUCCUCGGUGCUGCAAAAAAGAGGAUUAGUGCUGGCAUCGUGAAUGGUGUACUUGUGAAUGGUAUGCAUAUGCCCCCUUGGUUCCGAGUACAAUCACUUGUGUUGUCAAGGGGUAGCGGGGGGAUUAGGAUUGCUAAACAACCUUUAGCAUUUACCACCUUCUGCCGUUAGGCUCGCUGGAUUUUGAGCACCUCUACAGUUUACAAUUGUACGCGGGAUCACCUACUAGCACCGUGGUUCCGUGGACACAAGAAGCGCCACCGAAGUUCGCUGUUCAACGACAGCACUUCAAUAACGUCGCAGUAGCCAGGAACACGUGAGCAAUGGCUGACGUGAUAACACACAGCGUUGGCAAGGAUGCGGUUGACUGCGCGUGCCCUGUGAUGGAAAACCCCUCGUCGGUCCAAUCACCAGUGCAGGCUCCAAGAAAAGACAGCGCCUCUGGUAUUGAGACGUCUGCGGAAAGCGAUGGAGACAACUCCGCGAAGAGGCCGCUCAUCGUCCGCAACGUCGAGACCGGCAAGAUGCUCGUCGACUCCCUGCACAAAAUUGCGAGGAACCCGCUUCCGUGUUCGAGCACCAUCUGCCAGGGUUCGCUGAUGUGCGGCCCGGUGCGGCGGAACGGCAAGGAUCCUCGGUCCAAAGAAGAGGUGCUGCAGCAUGCCAGGGAGUUCCUGGACCAGUUCUACACGAGCAUCAAGAGGUUCCACUCCAAGGCCCACGAGAAGCGCUGGGCGGAGGUGGAGCGCCAGGUGCAGGCGCGUGGCACCUACGACCUCACCGAGACGGAGCUCGUGUUCGGAGCCAAGCUUGCCUGGAGGAACUCGGCCAGAUGCAUCGGCAGGAUACAGUGGUCGAAGCUGCAAGUAUUCGACGCACGACACUGCUACACUGCAAGGGACAUGUACGAAGCCAUCUGCGCUCACCUCAAGUACAGCACGAACAAAGGAAACAUCAGGUCUGCCAUCACCAUCUUCCCGCCGCGUACGGACGGCCACCAUGACUACAAGGUGUGGAACGCGCAGCUGAUACAGUUCGCCGGACACAAGCAGCCCGACGGUAGCGUCAUCGGCGAUCCGGCCUCCGUAGAGCUCACAGAGAUAUGCAAGAAGCUGGGCUGGAAACCUCAAGGAGGUCGCUUCGAGACGCUGCCCCUGGUUCUUUCAGCCAACGGCGAAGACCCGGAGAUCUUCGAGAUUCCCGAGGACCUCAUUAUGCGAGUCAAGAUUACGCACCCAAUCUACAAGGCAAUCGACGAGAUGCAGCUGGAGUGGUACGCCGUGCCCGCUGUGGCUAGCAUGAUGCUCGACGUGGGCGGUGUCGAGUUCACCGCCUGCCCCUUCAACGGCUGGUACAUGGUCACCGAGAUAGCCGUCAGAGACUUCUGCGAUGCACAUCGCUACAACCUGGCCGAGGAAGUCGCGACUCGAAUAGGCAUCGACACCAAAAGCAAUUCGAGCCUCUGGCGGGACCGGGCCGCAGUCGAGCUCACCCUGGCUGUCAUGCACAGCUACCAGAAGGCGAACGUGACCAUCGUGGACCACCACUCGGCGUCGGACCAGUUCAUGAAGCACAUGGAGAAUGAAAACCGGCUGCGUGGAGGCUGCCCCGGAGACUGGGUGUGGAUCGUGCCACCGCUCAGCGGAAGCCUCACGCCCGUGUUUCACCAGGAGAUGCUUUACUACCACCUCAAGCCGAACUACGAGUACCAGAUGCCUGCCUGGAAGACGCACGUGUGGCAGAAGAAGGCGGACGACCAGCGACGGCAUUCCAGGAAGUUCCGCUUCAAGGACAUUGCCAGCGCCGUGAAGUUCACCUCAGCCAUGUACGGCAAAGCCCUGGCAAAGCGCGUCAAGGCGAAGAUCCUGUACGCCACCGAGACGGGAAAGUCCGAGACCUACGCCCGUGUGCUAUGCGACAUCUUCCUGCACGCGUUCAACGCGUCGGUUGAGUGCAUGGAAGACUACGAUUUCGUCAACCUGGAAUUCGAGCCCCUGCUGCUUGUCAUUUCAAGCACUUUUGGCAAUGGCGAACCGCCCGAGAACGGAGAGGUCUUCGCUCGAAACCUACAAGUCAUGAAGAGCUGCAGCCCCUUCGGACCGGAGGGUACGACUCCGAGGACGACGUCAAUGUCCUUCGUGCGGAAAAACAGCGUCAAUGCCUCCGAGAAUGACGUCGGUUCUCCGCCGCCACCCCACGAGGCGUCGGACCUUGGACCCCUCAGCAAUGUCAGGUUCGCUGUGUUCGGACUGGGUUCCAGCGCGUACCCCAACUUCUGCGCGUACGGCAAGUACGUGGACAAGAUCCUGGGAGACCUGGGCGGGGAGCGCAUCUGCAAGUUGGCCACCGGAGACGAGCUGCGCGGACAGGAGCAAUCCUUCCGAGUGUGGGCCAAGACUGUCUUCGAGCAAGCGUGCGAUGUGUUCUGCGUGGGCGACGGCAUCGGGCCGAUUGAAAUGACACCCUCGAUGGAGGAGAACAUCGCCUGGUCGCCGGACAAGGUGCGGCUUUUCCAGAAGGCCACCGACAAGAACCCGCCCCUAGGCUUCGGUCUGUCCAAGGGUUCCAGUCGAAAAGUCGUCGCGAGCAGACUGGUGUCCAGGAAGGUUCUGCAGUGGGACAAGGAAGACGACAAGAAGACCAUCAUGGUGGUGCUCGAGGCAAGCGGUGACAGUGAGCUCAAGUACGCGCCGGGCGACCACAUCGGCAUCUACGCUGUCAACCGUGACGAUAUCGUCAACGGCAUCGUGGAGCGCCUCGCGCCUGGAUCGGCAGAUCCGGACGCUGUCUUCAGGGUCCAGUACCGGGACAUCGUCCAGAAUCCAAUCACGGGCGAGCAGAAAGAGACGUGGCAGGACAACGGCCGCCUGCCUCCGUGCUCCCUGCGCGUGGCUCUGCGCCGCUACCUGGACAUCACGACGCCGGCAUCGCAAGAGCUGCUCAAAUACCUGGCCGCCAUGGCAUCGGACGAGAGCCAGCAGGAGCAGCUGCAGACGCUCGCGACGAAUCUGGAGAAGUACGAGGACUGGAAGGCGCACAAGUUCCCGCACCUGCUGGACCUGCUCGAGGAGUUCCACUCGGUGCAGCCGACGCCCGAGCUGCUGCUGUGCAUGCUGCCCCUGAUCCAACCGCGCUUCUACUCCAUCAGCUCGGCGCCGGAAGCCUAUCCGGGCCAGAUACACCUCACCGUGGCCGUGGUCACGUACCGAACAGAGAAUGGCACAGGCAAAAAACACUACGGUGUGUGCUCCUCGUUUCUGGACACCAUUGACCCAGGAGAGGAGAUUGCUUGCUUCGUCAGAAUUGCGCCAAACUUCCACCUGCCAGAACAGAAGAACGUUCCCGUGGUGCUCGUCGGACCGGGGACAGGUAUCGCCCCCUACAGGAGCUUUUGGCAACGACGCUAUUGUUCUAUGCAGGGUGUCUACCAAGAAGGGCAACCGUUCUACGAAGGCCAGAUGGAUCUCUACUUCGGAUGCCGCACAAAGGAAUCGCAGCUAUACGCUGAGGAAGUGCAGACAAUGAAAGACGCGGGCGCAUUGCGGAACGUCUUUCUCGCCUUCUCCAGGGUUCCAGGCCAGGAAAAGUGCUACGUCCAAGAUCGACUGCACGAAAGGGCCGAGGAGCUAUACAAGCUGCUCACGAAAGACAACGGCCACCUGUACGUCUGCGGCGACGUCAUCAUGGCCGACGGAGUCAACAAGGCAGUGCGCGCCAUCCUGCGAGAUCAGGGAAACAUCUCGGAGGAGAAGGCUGAGACGCUAAUGGACAAGCUCAGGGAGGAGAACCGCAUCCACGAGGACAUCUUCGGCGUCACCCUGCGCACCGAGGAAGCAACGAGAAAAAGUCGGGAGGACGCCAAGCGGAGGAGCACCCACAAGUGACACCCGCUGGCCGGCCUGCCCGACUCCUUUGGCUCGCUCACUUUCUCCAGGAUCAGGGCCCUCCUCACCAACUGCGCUUCGCCGGGACACGCGAAAUGACGACACCUGUCGCCGCCACCACGGAGGCGGGACUAGUGUGCGCAACCUCUUUCCUCCCCCGACCUCCUCUCCCGUUCCGCGCUUCCCCCGUGUUAUACUGCUAAACGUGCCGAUUGUCCUGACGGUGCAACCUUGUCCUGCAACCGAUUAAUAUUUUAUUUAUGGUGCCAUGCUCUAUUCAGGACACGUGAUCCUCAAACGAGCUUGACUCUCUCUUCUUCCGUUGCACAGUUCUAGCUUCGCUUCUGCGGAUGAUUGACCCACCGAUACGUGGACGCCGUAGGGUGCCAGGACACGGGGCGACAUCUGCCGGAAUCGAGCUUAACCGAAUUUUUUUUUUUUUCUUUUUGCCGCAACUGUUGCCGUUACGUGCGGUUCCACUUGCUUGCAGAGUGCGGUGCGUCGAAUUUAGAGUUCUAAAGUUUAUUCAUUCCACAGAAGCUCACAAGAUAUCGCCGACAGCUAUACGAGGCUCGCGGCUAUGUCUUCUCCUGGUCCACUGCAGGCCUUCGUCCUGCAGUGGACAUAUAUAUAGGCUGAUGAUGAUGAUGAUGAUGAUGAUGAUGAUGAUGAUGAUGAUGAUGAUGAUGACUGCACUUGUCAAUGCGACGGCAAAACGCCCAGUCGGCACCUCACUUUAACAAGGACACUGAAUGGAAUAUCAUAGCAAACAGAAAUUUCUGUACUGCUGAUUGAAAUGGCAGUUUAUUACCGACAAAAAAAAAAACUGCGCUUGUCUUGCAAUGUUAUCAUUAAUAAGACAUACUGCGUGUGUGUUCUGUUAGUCUACAGGAUACAGUUGCACCGUCUGAGCAGUCUUGUGCGGUGUAGCGCGAUUCUAGCAUGUUCCCCAUCUUCCUAUACCCGCGACUUGCUCAAGAACACCUAGAGCACAUCGUGCACGCACGCAUCACUACUAUGUCACGUGGUGAACGCGCACUAUUACGCACACAACGACGCGCGCAAUAGUGUGUGUCCGUGUGUAAUACACUGUCAUGUUUCGCCCACGUAUGUCUACGCAGAAGGAAACCCAGGGCACACGGAUCCACAGGGUUAUGUUCGCACGGUGCAAUAUGUACGCACUGUUGCCUUAACCUCAAGAAGGGAAAGCUGAAGUAGCGAUAUGCUUAGCAACAAUCCAACCUUGCAAACCCGCUGUCUCCGAGAUCAGUGUUGUAUUAUACACAGAACCAACACGGCAAGAGUUGCACGUCGUCUUUUCGUGUAGUAUUCGGGUCCCGCUCAUCUGGACCAAACUUUUCAAGUCUGGUCCGCAUGCCAAGUCGGUCACAAGUUCGUGCACCGCCACAUACUGCUCAUUGAUAGGUAAUGUUCUCUUUUUCGUCUUCUUCUUCUUCUUCGGUAGAUAUGUGUACAUGGGCGCUAACCGGAAGCGGACAAUGUGACCGCGAUCGUUGUGCAAAAGCUCCGAUUCAGUGAGCCACUGAGUGGCCUAUUCUGAAGAGUUAUCCUGCUGAACAAAAGAUGGCUGCCACUGCAUCUCAACUUCAUAGGGCGCAUAACAUAAUCUAGUUACUCGGACGCUCUCAGUGUCAGCGUGCAUGCGAUUGAGCAUCGGUACGCUAAACUGGACUUGAUAGUCGUAGUAAAACAUGUUUAUUCGAGACAGGGAUGGUCCUUCUUCGUUGAUUCGUGACAUCGUGUAAGUGUACUUCCUUAAAAUAAAACUUUGUUAGUCAACUAGUACCCAAGGUUCACAAUCGCACCAGGCUGAACUGGUCUCCCUGUGCUUUUCCUUGCAUUUAGUAAUUGCGCAUUGGUAUGCGCGCAUAGGUGCGACAAAAAGCUGGACGCGAAUAUUUUAUUCCAAUCUAAACCUUUGUCCGGAGGGAAGGUCUAAAGCAACGACUCGCAGCUCCGCGAACACUUUAACACCUUGUCAGUUCCACAUGAUCAAACCUUCUUGGUAUUACCAAGACGUGUUGCGCAUGGCCCGGCAACCGUUGUGCCAACAAACGCUAACACUCGCGUUCAGAGCUUGUUAACAGACCAAUGUACCAGCUGCGCCAAUCCUUCUCUAAAUACUUCUUCACAUUCCGUAGUGCUACUGCGAAGACUGCGCUUAUAAAUAUUUCGUCUUCAACCGUUCUCAUACAGUGUCAGUCCACAAAAUUAAUGCAACUGGACUAUCUUUACAACGCUGUAAUAUUCAGAACUUGUGGGAAGCAUCCCAAAAGAAUCCCAUACGACGGCGAGUCAACAAUCUUUUGAAUGAAAGCUCCAUAUUCUACAAGAUCGUUAAGCUGCAGCGAAGGCUGUAGUGCAUAGUUGAAAAUGUUUUACGCUCGUACCACAACCACAGCUCAAGAAAUCCCAAGCAGUGCUGUUCCGGCUUGCUGUAUCCCUCUCCGGAAUUACUUGUAGUUUUAAAAAUGCACUUGUGCGCAGUAGUGUACAAGAAAAAGAUUACCACGUAACAGUGAAUCUUCUCCCACAACAAUGUUAGUGGUACUCCGCAACUGGUGACAAACCAAAGUCAUCGUGUCUCCGAAACUUUAGACAAAGACUGUACGCCUAAGCCUUAGAACCGCAUCCAAGAACUGAGCGGGCGUGCCAGCACGCAUUUACGGAAAUAUGUUGAAUAGCGCCUACAAUGCAAACACAUAAAGCCUGUAAUAGCGAUCGCGCAUAGCGUGCUCAAGUGUGCGCCUGCCAAUAGGUCACGGAUUCCGACCAUGCCUGAUGCACCGAAUGCUGGUGGUUUAUGAACACACGCUUUCCUUUAUCGCAAGCCACGCCUUGCCCGGGCAUCGCACCCCAGGGCAACGUGCUCGUUCACGGCCUUGGCCCCGAUAUCUCUCGCGAGCGCCGAGCCGCAUUUCUCGGUCACUUAUCUACAAGGAGCACUUUGCACGUCAUAGAGAGAUUAUAAGGCAGCGAUAUGUCAACGACGAGCGUCAGUGAUGGCAAGGCGAAAGGAAAAAAAAUUAUCUGCCUCCAAAAACUCCGAGUUCCCGUAUCACAGCUACGUCAUGCGUCGUUCGUCAUCUGUCUUUCGGCGCGCGUUGCGACUCAUGCAACUUGAAGUUGCGUACUAAAAGGUCACUCUACGGCAGCAAUGUCUCAGGGUCUUUUCCAGUAUCCCUAACGAUUUAGCCAUGGCGAUAGAAUAAGCCCUGGGGUCAAUGUGGGUGGUGCAGGUAUUCUGUAAACCUCUACCCGCAGGCGAAAAGCCUCAGCGGAAUACGGGUUUCGGUCGUUCGGUCAGCUGCGAAUAUUCGCUUAGAAUAUUUUCUGGACUCCUCGUUCAUUCGUGACCACGUGAUAGUUGCCGAUGGCCGCAGCUGACAGUCAGACGACUAUACACUCAGUUUGUCCGUUCAAGAAAGCUUGUACCGAAACGCGCGAAGGGAAUCGCUACGAGGUGGCCAGAUUACGUAGCCGGAAUCAAUUUUUUGGUGAACUCUGAAAGCGCUGCUAAGUUUUAUUUCGACGGAGAGCUAAACAACACAGAUGGACGAAAGAGCGUGUCAGUAAUGUUCUGCGUACACGUGUAGUUUCGGCUUCGCUACAGCUUACAAGGACCUAUAGGUACAUCAAAUGGGCAUUCGAAAGUUCGAGGUUCCAAAGUUCGAGUUCAAGGUUCAUAAAGGAUUUAUGCGAGAUUGAAGCAGGUGCCACAAUAAUUUGCCACCGUUUUGAGGGAAGCAUUAAGAUAUAUCCUUGGCCGCAAGGGGCUGCAGCCCAUGACGAAGAAAAUUUAUUUCUUUAAAACGUCGGCACUAUCUGGAGCACUCCUUUGAUCCCAGUUCUUCGUUCUACCGUGUACUGACAUCGCCGUCGCCCGCGACACCAUUGUCACUGCGUCGAUGUUAAGAUCCGCCGAGUGCAUGCAAGUGGGUCACGAAAGCGCUUACACGCCUCAACGGCCGGACAACCCGAGUCGGGUGCCGGUUAAUACGCCCAUAGUUCUCUCGCAAAGGCAGGCCGAUGUGAGGAUUGUCCGGACGUAUCUAGGCCGGCCUUUCUUCUCCUUGCUUCGUCGCCGUUACUGUUUGUUUCGUCGGUCGCAACAAGUACGCACACACCGAGCCCUCAGAGAUGCAAAGGCUAAUAACGGAUGCAAAAAAAAAAAAAAAAAAAAACGUGAGGCGCUUGGAGGGGAGGUGGCCGCACGCACUACAAUGCCUGUCGUGCUUAGACGAGCGCCUUCACGCGCAUCUCGCGCAACGGCCUUCGAGGCCCUAAUUGUGACGUCCCGAGACAAUUCAGGCGUGACGACGCACGCUUCGUUAUCAUGCGACUAAAACUCUGCGCGCACACCCCUACAUGCGCACGUGACCGCGUGUACACCAUACGGAGCAACCUGCUGCGCUUGUACGCACUACCGUACACACACACAUGCGCUCCCGUUUUUUCUACAUGUGCCAGUGCCUAUCCCUCCAUGUCCACUUCCCCGCGUAUAUGUACGUACUUCUCAAGCCCACGCCGCCGCCCGCCUCUGUACAAGCUCUGUGCGUCCGCCGCCGAGUCUGAGUGCACGUUGUUAACUGUCGCGCGCAAGCGCCGUGCUUUCUGCGAUCCAAUUCCCGCGCACCCCGUGUAUAAACGUCGCCGUCGCUUGUAUAAAGGGUUUCCCCCCCCCCCCCUCCUUUUCUCCCGCUUGCUCGAAGCGGCAGCCUUCGCCGUCGCCUGUUUUAAACGAGCCACGUUCGUUUGGCAACGUUGUGGGGAGCUUGGCGUGUGUAUGUCUAAAACGGUUGCCCGGGAGCGGAAGAGAGAGAGAGAAAAUAUAGAGAGAGAGAGUUGUUAUAGUUUCUUGUGCUCCGUUCAGAGGUGCAGCAUUUUACAGAGCAUUUAUGUGUACAAAAGAGUUUCGCUCGAUGUCUCACCCGCGAUACACAUAACCCCUCCUGUCCUCCGUUAACCCGUUUCAGCCCAAGCGUGUGCUUAAUGUUUCUUCGAGAUAACGUUCGCACCUCCUCGCGUUUGAUGCGGGAGGCUCUACUGAAGGAAGCGCUGACGUCACUGCUUUGGUGUAGAGAGUCUGUCUGCCACUGUCGCUUGGUGGAGAGAAAGUAUUUCUGGGUAUUGCGUCAUCUCUGGCAGAAACUGGGUUAGGGACUAAGAGUGUCAAAUGACUCUUGCGUGCGGGUACAUGCCGUUGCAUCUGAGGUAAUCAAUUAGUGUCUCGUUGCAACGUGGUAAUAUCGGGGAUAAUCAGGAUGGAUUGUGGUUGACAGUCGUGAAGUAAGCGAGUGUUUGUCCUUGUUAUGGCUUCAAUCUCACGGAUAUCAUGCUGCGAGAAUUCUUACCGUUCUUAUCGAUUAUACUUAACUCGGGGAUGAUGAAGUGUUGGGGGUUGUAAGCUGCUUUUAGCAUAGAAACAGGCAGCAAUAUAAGAUACAGGGCAUCUACGCGCAAAACGGUGGCGUCCGUGCAAAAUUAAAGAGGUGCACUACGGGUGAGAGUAUUUUUGAUCGUUCUCGUGCUCAUGGCGAUUGCUGUUCUGUGCAGAAGAAGAAAAAACAAAAACAUGUGGUUUUUGGUGGAGAGAAAUAGGUGGAGAGGUCAGAGACCCUAUCGUGUGCAAGUGAGCGUUCCAGCAUUUUUUUUUUCAUAAUCUUCAGUGUGCGAUUACCAGUGUGUAACUAUCAGAGCGUGCUAUCAUGACCAUCUCGAGAUUUCCCCCCAGUCUCGUGGUUUUUUUUUUUUUUUUUUCUGGCGAGUAAUUUUUUUUCCCGAGACUCUGUAGUAUUAGUGGCUGCUGCCAGUAUAUCUCCUCCGCUGUUCUAUACUAUAUCUCUGCCAGUCACUUGUAGCGUCGCCUGCGCGCUGUAUUCUUCUCCGGGCAUUUGUACAUAGCGAAACUAUCUAACUGAGGUUGCUGAGCUCCGCAAGUUUGCCAGCAUCGUGCGAGGCAUAUAAUGUGUGAAAUGCUCCUACGCUAUGACCAUGACCGUAUAUACACUUCAAGAAUCACGAGAGUGCUAGCAAUCUUCAAACUGCGUCACCCACGCUUACUGAUAAGCUCAUUGGUGGGAAUAGAGGACGUAUGCCCCAGAACUGGAGUAUGAUAACUAUCAAUGACACGGCGAAAUGCGAGACGCGCUGUUAAUCUUGAAAAAGGAGUUGCUGGCACUUUCUUCAUUCUUAAGAGUGUAGAGCGUCAACUCCCCGGCCUUCAGGCACAAAUCUCGGCCUCGUCGUAACUGCGAGGCUUUCCAGCUCAAAUACCUUCUAUUCCUCCACAUCUUCCGACGCAUCAAUGCUGCCAAAUAGUCAGCUUCCUUAAUUUCAUUUUAAUUUUACUUGAAGCGUUUCGUAGCUUGCUAGCCUGAAAGGUCUUUUUUUUUUCUUCCUGCGUUCGAUUUGGGGGGGGAGGGGGGGGGGCGAAAAUGCUGGUACUUCUACAUAAUUCUGUUUUCGCAUCGUGCAGACGGUUAGCGAUAGCUCGUAGCCUCGUUUGAAUGCUAAAAGGAAAUUAAUUCGAACUGUUUGGAACGUUUAAACGCUGGCUUCUCGUGCAUAGAAAAUUAAUGUCGACGACGAAGUGAUUUGGUAGAAAUUACAACUGGGGCGCCGCUCGAACAUACGAGGAGUCACGCGAAGAAAAUUCAGUGCAUGUUAUCUGUGUUUUCUUCAGAACUAACGCGUUUGAGCACCGUCCAUGUUAACAUUUAGCAGUGGUGUGUUGCUGUCACACUCCGCGCACGGUGUCGUAAGCGGCAACCACAUGAAGCGCAUAUUCAGCGUAUUCUCGGCGCCGCGCGGCGUCGGCGCGUCCAUAUCGAAUUGCGCGGUGACUGCAGUUUGGGCCUAAACAGGCUUCAUGUGGUGAUCGAAUAACUUGUUGUACCAUAAGGUACCCGUUCGGACCUAUUUUAAAGCCAGCGUGGUCCUAACUCGUUCCGAAAUGUACGCGACGGCGCCGGGCAAUGGGACGUCAAAAAUACAGCGCGUACGUGUUUCAUGUGGUUGGCGUCUUAAGCGCCAAUGUUAUGUGCGUAAAGAAAAUUCCACUACCCGUACGACUUGUCGUCGCAACAAGACAUCCAACAAGAUUCUAGAACAGGUUGUCCGUACGCAUGAUUUAUGAAUGUAUCCUUACACUGAAACAUUCUUCAGUUUCUUACUGUCGUAUUUAUUCUAUUCCAAAAUAUAAAUGCAGUGACCUAUUAUAUUGAAAUGGGACGUAGAUAAGGGGAGAAGAUUGCCAUGUGGAGCAAUGCUACAGGAAGGUUUCAUUUUCUUUUUUCUCUGCAAAUUUAUUAUGAAUAAUUUUAGACUCCUUUGUUAACUCGGACACUUUUGCAAUAAUCGUUAUUUUGAUUAGCCUAAGGGGUCACUUUGAAAGCAUAUUGGGGCGUAAAACUCGAAGAGGGAAGCAACUGCGAUAUUUUCAGAAAUAGUCACAUGAGUAUCGUACGUGCUUUGCUAGCGACAUCUGUACUUAAUUUUCUUUCUUAUUCCACUACUCAGUCUGCAGCUUAAUGGGGAAUACUUAACUUUUCGGGUAAAUAGAGUAAAUUUAAGUGCCUUUCUCUACUUAACCUAGCAUAAUUAGUUAGCUGUUAAAGCCAUAUCAAAGGCAUUUACAGAGGUAGCUUGUGCUGCAGCUUUGUUACAUAGUCUACGUUGUUGUUGCUAGCUUUAGACAUGAAAGAAAAGUUCACUGCUGACGAGACAUCAAGCUGUAUAUCUUAAUCUGUAUUGUUGCUUUUUUUUAACUUUGUUUAGUUUACACUGGGACGUAGAGCUCGGCAGACGUUUAUAAUGCUAACAUUUCCAUCAUUUUGGAAGCAGACGACCAGCUGUGUAUCUGAACUGGUUUUGUUGCUUCGUUUGCUAAUUUGUGUAUACGGCGGUCUGGCACGCAAGGGAUAUAUUUAGCUCCGCAGAUGUUUUACCAAGCUAGACUUUCCCACUUAUUUGGAAGUAGACUACCAGCUGUAUGUCUAAAUCUACUUCGUUGCUUUGUUUGCAUCUUUGCUUAUGCUCUACGGUUUGGCAUGCAAGGGACAUAGAGCUCGGCAGGUGUUUUAACAUGCUAAACUUUCCAACGUUUUUCGAAGCAGACGACAAAAAAAAACCCGUCAAGUCCCAGUGUCUGAACACAAGUGUGUAACCGCACAUCAUAAUGACAAAAAAAAUAAUUAUAAAUACGUUUGCCCGUAGAUAUCGGCACUUGCGACCUAUUAAUAAACUUCGUUUUGCUAGCAAGGGAGGUUAAGAUGCAUGACAAGAUAGGGAAUAAUGUUCAGGUUUAAUCACAUCUAUUUCCAAUUUUCUUCUUCUUUAUCGUUUUACUUUUCUCCUUUUUGUUCCAAACCUUCGGUGCUAGUCUCUUCUUAGGUGGUCGCACUACGCUGAAUUUUUCAGUCUCGCACAUAAAGGAAAGAAAGCGAACGUACACGUGACGUCACAUAUGCCAUAUUGGUGUCCUUUUUCACGGCUUACACUAUGCUGCUGCUGGAGAUAAGGGAAUCCAGAUAGCGCCUCGCUUUUCACAGUGCUGGCUGUACAACAUGGUGGCCUCGAUGGCGUCAGUGCAUUAUACAUAACCCCUUAUGUUCACCCGUUUGUUCGUUGCCGCGACGUUGAUUCUUUAGAUCUGCUGCACCUCUUUAUACCUAUGCAUACCUUUAAUUUCCGGACUAAUACGGACAUUAACAAAUGUGUAACAAAUGUUGGUUGUGUCUUUCUUUUUGUCCUUCCUGUGGAAAGAACUUUUAGUUUUUAUUCCGGGAAAUUAUGAAGUAUUGGUAUUUCUUCUUUUUUUUUUUAUUUCUUUUGGUGCAGCAGUCAUUUUGACUGAAGGUACUUGAAGUAAACAGAAAGGAUUUGUGGUGAUUUAAUUGAACAGGGACGCAGUUUCUCAAGAAUAUUUAUUUCUUUAGCUUGAGCGAACUGCCUACACUACAACGGACAGUUGCAUCUCACUGUGAUCUGUGAAAAUCUAUGAAGCUUGUUGACUAUGUACGGGGUUUUCAUAUUGUAAAGUUCUUAAAUAAGUUGAAACAGCUGUCAAACGCACAUUGAACGCUUGAAGGUCGUUGAAGUUCAGCUGUUUAAAUGUUCGUUUUUGUUAAAUUUUCCUGUUGCUUCGUUGUUGUGAAACUUGUUACGUGGUAUCCAUCAUUGAUUGAUGAAGGAUGAUAGCUCUUUCCAGAAACACGUGUCCACGAACGCAGAAGACAUGCACAUUUCAUGUUUGUUCCGGCGUCAGUAUUCUUCUGUCUCGAUAAAGAAGCAUGACAGUUAUUUUCAUGGCCUGUUUCGAACCUAAUAAUUGAGGUUAUAUGAUGAGCUGGUACUGCUUUGCAUUGCAUUUCUCGGAAAACGUCUUUUUGAAAACUACUAUUCAGCCAUACUUUUUUUAGCCACAUUUCUUUUUUUUAAGCCCAUGGCGUGUUUACAAAACAAUCUUUAUCAACUUUCGUCAAGCUCCCUAGAUUCCUGCACGCCGACGCGGUGACGUCUUAUUAACAAGUGUAUUGAGCAUUGCGUGUAAUAAACUUGUCGACAUGCGAAGUUAUACGAGUAGCGACUGUUUCCCGUUAACGGACCUCCGCUUUUGAGGCCUGGUUCACUAAAUGUAAUCCCAGGUUCGUGCUUUGUUUUUUUUUUUUUUUUUGUAUUGAUGUUGCUACGCCUUUCAGGGAGCGGCUAAACGACGCUUCUUUUUUUCUGUAUGCAUUGUUUUAUCGCUUGUUCGCAUUUCCUUAAUUCAAGGGACACCAAAGGCAAAUGGCGAGGGUGACUAUAGACUGGUCAACUGCCUUCUUGAAAUCUUCUGACAAUGUUUGUCGGCGAGAAUAAAAAAAAAGAAAGUUGACUGACUAGCGAAAAUAAUCAUCAAACGCGAUCUUCCCCGUUCCGAUUUGUCGUCUAUGUCGUAACAAACGCUUCCGAGAUAGUUUAACGUUACGUAUUUCGCGGUAUUCUCUUGGAAAUAUUCUUUCUUGUUUUUUCUUCAAUAAAGCCCCCCUAUAAAUGUCGCCAGGCAGAUUUAAAAAACUAAAUGUGAGGACACCUCAGCACUUAUGAGUUGUGAACGCAAAGGCAUUAAUGUCCAUUUGAGCGCCGCUGAGCGGUCCUUCGAGUUAUGAACUCUUCGCGGGCAAGCGAGCGCAUUGGGACGUUUGGCGCGCUUUGAUUUGGCCUUACGGAGGCGCACUUAGAAAGCAGACGAGAGCUUGCGAGGGCAAGCAACGCGCGGAUAACGCAGGAUUCCGAGAGCGGGGGUGACGUGGCGUCGCGACGAUGCCCUCUCCCCCUCACGCAAUACCUGGCGCGCUAAUGCAGCAGCAGGCUUUUGCCCGCUCUGCUCCGUCGAGGUGCGCUCGUGAUGUGCGUCGCAGCCAAUGGAAAAUUAGGUGCCGUUUCGCUCCCACGGACGACGGACGCCGGCUUUUUCGCUCAAUCGGCCAUUUGACGCUUUCGCAUCAAUUAUUGGAAAGGGGGUGAAGAGUUGUCCAACAGCAAAUUUCGCUGGGAGAACGCGAGAAUUCGGAAAUGCUGGAGAGCUCAUGUCAGUCUCGGAGACCGCAUAUGAUCAGCCGCCUUCGAGAAAAGGGAGCCGGCAUGAGCAAGCCGGUCUCGGAGGCACCUCCCAAGAACAGCGCGAAGAUCAGUGUUCUAGCCCUUGAAUUAAACUGACCACGCAUUCUGCCCAUAAAGCUUACGACAGGUGUUAAGCAAAUUAACGGGACGAGCGUAACAUUUGCUACGCGUGGCUUCACAUGGGAGCGUCACUGGCCUCACGAAAUCAACAUGUUCGGGACCCCUGCUUUGAAUUAAUAAUCCGCCGCUGCCAUUUUUUUCAGCACGUCGUGGCAGAACGAGAGAGACAGUGAAAGCAGAAUGGUACAGGCAACGCGCCACGGAAAGUUUCCUUAUACUGAUCUGGAAACGGAGCUGUUUAUGCAGGAUGUCGCGAAUGCAAUGGGACCGUAAUGGAUGAACGGCGACUCCGCAGUUCGUUUCAUGCGCUCUUGUCGCAAGAAGUCUCGAUGAAGGAGUGAGAUUGAUCGAUAAGGUAAGGAUAAUAAUUAUAGCAUGCGAGCGUCGUGCGAGCUUUGCACCCAUUUCAUUGUCAUUCAAUGAAAUGCGAUAUUAGGACGUGACUGCGCAGUAAUGCGCUUAAACAGAAACUGCGGUAUAAGUGAGCUCUAUUUCCCGAUCAAUCAGCGGUUAUCAGUGGCACUUUCUGCGUUCAUAGUUGUAUUUUCCGUGACAUCAGCUCCUAACGCUUUAUUCCUGAAAAAAAAAACGAAACGUUCUCUUUCUUAAUAUCAUAAAAAGACACUAAAGGAAACACUAAAUAAAUUUAGGCUUAUAGAUAUUUUUUCGUUUGUUCUUUCAAAAGUCUAUCCGCACUUCUUUGCAACGAAAAUUGUGAUUACUCUUAUCAAAACAAAUGAAGGCCAAAUUUUGCUUGUUGAAUCUCGCGCUUUAUCGCGGUGCCGGUGACGUCAGUGCGACGUCGUGGUCUUCGUUGGCAGUUCGCGUACUUUCGCCGUUUCCGCGCAGAAAAAGUUUCCGAAAGUUGCCACGUUGAGUGCGUGGGGAGCGUACUUUCGAGCCCAGUGUACUCCUUCUUCAUAGAUUUGAGCUGCUAAGCACGAGGUCGUGGGAUUGAAUCCCGGCUACGGCGGCCGCAUUUCGACGGGGGCGAAAUGCGAAAACACCCGCGUACUUAGUUUUAGGCGCACGCUAAAGAUCCCCAGGUGGUCCAAAUUUUCCGGAGUCCCCCCCUACGGCGUGCCUCACAAUCACAUCGUGGUUUUGGCACGUAAAACCCCAUAAUUUAAGUUGAUAAGCGCUUGACUGACGCCUACUAGACUAUCUCAAAGUCAUCAAGUCACGAAGAGCUGGUGUGGGAAUUCCAACAUGGUGGCGCCACCUACCUUACGAGUCUGCACCGGUUUCUGAUUUACAGACAAUCCGACCACAAGAUCAGUGGUCUAUUUGAUGUUCUAUUAGUAAAUAAGUCUACCAGUCUACAGCCUAACCCGAUAUUUCCCUUCGGUGUUCCUUUGAUGACGGUGUUGCCAAUGUGGUGCAUCGGCUUACCUCAGUGUGCGCAGGUGGUCGCUACGAGACACGUUUGUUGAGACGCUGGCCUUUGAACCUUCUUCCCUGCCUGUACAGAGCCGCACGUGACAAUGUUUCGGACCUUCCAAGAUUUUAUCUCGGUAUAUUUGUGGACAAACUGUAUAUCGAUCAACCAUCGCCUGUAUCACUCUGAGCUUUGGUUGUUUUCUUCUCUUGUUACUAAUAUGCGAUAACCAAGUGUACGAAAUGUAGCCGCGGCUUCCUAUACAUAUUACUACAAAAAAAGAAUUAUACAUACAUCUAUAAAUAAUAUACAUAAUAUACAUAAAUCUACACAUGAAUAAAAUAUCUUUCCUUCUGUA